GUCUAGGAUGUGUCAAAAUCAACCACGAGGACGAUGAUUGUCCACCCUUUGUCGUUCAAUUGCAUCCAACUUCAAGAUCUCGUGGUCCUUUUUUGAAUUCGCCCUCUUUGGAAGCAGAAUUAAGUUUAUAACAUAUCCUGACGCCGGUACCAUAACCGCCUGGCCCAAGCAUGACGAUAUAGACAUAGAUGUCUCCAUUAUUUCCUCCUUGAGUGCGGGUUGUGCAGUUUCUUGGAACCCUGUUUCGCCACAUCGCUGGUACAAUGUUUGGCACAAAUCGACUCCUCAUAUGGCUGUUGCUUGCCUCUUCGUUGGCACUUGCGAAAGAGCAACAGCCACUGCAGGACGAUAGAGAAAAACCUCUGCCAAGCAAAUCCAAUCCAGAUACUCUGCCAGCCUUGCUCGAUGCGCUGGACGUAUUACAAGCAAAUUAUUUCGAAGUUUGGCAAGGAAUAUGGCCUAAAGCAAUUGAUUGGACAUCUGCAGUCAUUGGAACAUAUCUUUCUUCGGCUCUCAUCACGCUGUCGACCUCCUACCCAGCUUUAUCCUCGUCGAAGAUUGCCGACAAUACUGUCAACAAAUACUUCUCGAACCUGAUUGGCGCAUAUUUUGGACAGGAUGCAUUUGCUUUGCGACAAGAAGCAUACGAUGAUAUGUUAUGGGUGGUGCUGGGCUGGUUGGAGUCGAUAAAAUUCAUUCAUGAACAUUCUUCUUUACAUUAUGGGACGGACAACGAAUCGAGAUUAGCGGGGCCUUGGUAUGGCGAGCAAUGGGUUCCAGCAUUUGCACAUCGGGCUCGUAUAUUCUUCGAUAUGGCUUCGCAGGGCUGGGAUACUUCUCUUUGCAAUGGAGGAAUGAUUUGGAACCCCAAUUUGGUACCAUACAAGAACGCUAUCACGAACGAACUUUAUAUUGCAGCGUCGAUUUCUAUGUAUUUAUAUUUUCCUGGCGACGACAACACUUCUCCUUUUGGAGUUACGACACCUCCGACUCUAAUGAUCGUCGACGGUCCUGGCCGACCUCAUCAUCCGAAAUACUUGGCUGCUGCAAUUGAGGCAUACAAAUGGUUGGGAGAUAGCAAUAUGACCGACGCGAAGGGUCUGUAUGUUGAUGGCUAUCAUAUCUCGGGCUGGUCUCGAGAACGGCCUAAGAAUGGUUCCAAUACUCGAUGCGAUGCUCGUAACGAGAUGGUAUAUACAUACAACCAAGGAGUUCUUCUUUCUGGUCAACGAGGACUAUACCAAGCAACGGGCGCUCGAUCAUACCUCGAAGAUGGCCACCAACUUGUCUCAGACGUCAUUGCCGCCACUGGAUGGGACCUAAAGCGCGGAAAGGUUCUCGAAGAAGACAAGCCAGGACACAGACUUGGAAAAUGGCGUGGACUUGGCCGUUCUGGCAUCAUGGAAGAAGCUUGUGACGCCGAAGGCUACUGCUCACAGGACGGCCAAACCUUCAAAGGCAUCUUCUUCCAUCAUCUCACGCUUUUCUGUGAACGACUCCCUGAUCAUCUUGUUUUGCCCGGAGAAUUGUUCCUCAGCAAAGGCGAGAACGAUAUCCCAGGAGGUCCACGAGAGGUGCAGAAAUGGCAUGAUGAGAAUUGUGCUCGUUAUGGUCCGUGGAUCAAGCAUAAUGCAAGAGCUGCUCUCAGUACACUCGACGCAGAAGGGAAGUUCGGCAUGUGGUGGGGUGCGCCUCCACAUUCGACAGCGGAACCAGAUGUCAAUGUCGAGCUCCCUUCUAAGGCGGUUGAUUAUCGAAAUUUGGGAGUUCCGCACGAAUGGAAGAACAAGAGGAGGUAUGCACGAGAGACAAAUGAGGAUGAUGUACAUGAAGACGAUAACGAAGGCAAGAUCCGGAUUCGCGAUCUGAAUGAUAGAGGGAGGGGCCGGACGGUAGAGACUCAGGGAGGUGGUGUUAGUGUGCUGAGAGCUAUGUGGGAGCUUGUAGAUACGAGAUGAUAGUUUUUUUUUUGCAGAUAUUGUUAGUAAAGAUGGGUGGUGCAUUGGAAAAUUGGGCGCUUUUGAUUUUGAGUAGAUAUUGGAGCAAUUCGGUUGGUCUUCAACUUGUUUUUACAUCUUGUACAUGAGCUUCCGCUACAGAUACAGUGGACUGUGAUCGGGUGAAGCCUUCUGCUGAAGGUGGUUGCUGAGGAUGAGCGAUACAGAUGCCAAACCUUCAGCCCACCUGGGAGCUUUCCUCCAUGCUUAGACAGAAGUGCUGUCAAGGAUCAUUCACUUAGGCCUAUCUCAUAA